UAUGGAAAGUUUUACAUGGACUGAUGCGAGUACAAGAUUAUUUAUUGAACUAUAUAAAGAAAAAAAAGAUCUAUUGACAAACAGGAAAAUUAAAACCAAAAAAAUUCUAUGGGAAAUAAUAAGCGAAAGUAUGAAGUUAGAAGGAUACAUUGUAACACCAACUCAGUUAGAAAAUAAACUUAAGUUACUGGAAAGGUCAUACAAAAAUAUGGUGACACAUAAUAAACAAACAGGCAGAGGACGCAUAACAUGUGCGUAUCAAACAGAAUUAACAGAGCUGUUAGGGCAGAAACAUAAUAUAGAACCUGUNGCAGUGUGUGGCAAGAACGGAUUAAUACUAAGAAAAGAGCAACCAAGUGCAUCACAAAUAGAAGAAAUAGACAAAGAGUUAAUGUCAGCUGAAAACAGAUGUACACAAAAUGAGAACAUUAAGUUUAACAUUACUUCAGCACUUCAAGAAAACCAAGAAGAACAGAACACUAUAAAUAUGGAGUUGACACAAAACACUAGUCCUAAUCAGAAAUCAAGUAAGUAUAAUAACAUAGACUGAUGCGAGUACUCUCUAUUGAGUACUAUUUAUUGAAUCAUACUUACGUUUAAUAUAGAUAUGUCAUGUGUUCUUUGCCUGUUUUUUUAUUGUCACUAUAUUUUUGUAUGACCUUUUUAGUGACUUGAGCUUUUUUUCUAACUGAAGUGUUACAAUAUUCUUUUCACUUCAUACUUUUCCUCAUUAUUUUAUAGCAUGUAUCUUAUUGUAAUGUAUAUGAAUUAUAAUGUACAGGGUCUUUCAGAUUAAACGCUCACGCAACAAACAUAAAAAACUCCUACAAAAAUGAACCGAUUUUUAUUUGUUAUACACGAAAAGAAAGUUUAUUUUAGGAUAUUUUCGAUGUGACCACCGUCAUUUUCAACAACUCGUUUUAAUCUAUGAACAAAGUUUUUCAUACAUAACUCUAACAUUCCCACUUCGAUGCUAUUAAAGAUCUGCGUAAUUUCCUCUUUAAGUUCUUCCAAAGAUGCAACGUGGUCGUUUCAUACUCGUGUGGAUUUUCAGUACUCCAAAUACGGCAGUUUUGUUUGUUGACAUACCCGUUUAGCCAGAAAUGUGCUUCGUCGCUGAACCAUAUGUAUGGAAGAUUACCGCGCUUCUG